AUGAAUACUAACACGUGUUUUUCGAAUUCAGGAUCGAAUAACGAGUGCACGCUGACUUCUUCUGCGUCUGUCGAGGAAACUUGGAGGACUUUUGCACCGGUUAAAGCUUUAAAAGCGUCUUUCGGCGCGUUCGCUGGUUUGUUGGAUUUCACUUUGAUGGAUUCGUCUUUGACGGCUUUGAGCGGCGCGUUCUUUCUGUUUCGCGGCGCAUUCUUUUGCCUUUCGCUGGUGCGCAAGAGAGCGCGUCCAGCAGAGCGAGAGGAGGAGGAACAGGAGGAGGAAAACAUCGUUCUUCUUCUUCUUCUUUAUCCGUGCAAGUCAGAGUAUGAGUUAGGGAAGAAAUGUGAGGGAAAAGACUUCAGUUUUACCGACGCGUGUACUCCGCUCUAA